CAGCCUGUUGUGUUGUGUGGUCCCAGCCUGUUGUAUUGUGUGGUCCCAGCCUGUUGUGUGUGGUGUCAGGUUGUUACAUACUGAGACAGCAAAAAAAUGAAUUAUUCCAUGCAAAUGGAAUAAGUUAUUUUCUAUUCUCUUCAGUUAGUGUUUGAGGCUAGCACCACGCCAUGGAGGACCACAACGUUCACCAGACCGAGCACAUGACCACCAUCGAGGAGCACGCCGUGCAGCAGGUACAUGUGGCCACGUACACAGAUCACAGCAUGCUGAGCGCCGACGAGGACUCGCCCUCAUCCCCUGACGACGACGUCUAUGAUGACUCAGACAUCCUUCACUCGGCCGGCAAUGACGAGAUGACCGCGCACCUGGCAGCCGCAGGCCCAGUAGGCAUGGCUGCAGCUGCUGCCGUAGCAACGGGCAAGAAACGCAAGAGGCCCCACAUCUUCGAGUCCAACCCGUCCAUCCGCAAGAGACAACAGACACGCCUUCUGAGGAAACUGCGAGCCACCCUGGAUGAGUACACCACCAGAGUUGGCCAACAGGCCAUCGUUCUGUGCAUCUCUCCCUCCAAACCCAACGCUUUGUUCAAGGUGUUUGGUGCUGCGCCGCUGGAGAAUGUGGUGAGGAAGUAUAAGGGCAUGAUCCUGGAGGACCUGGAGAAUGCCCUGGCCGAGCACGCACCCCCCGGGGGGGAACUAACCUCUGAGCUGCCCCCCCUCACCAUUGACGGCAUCCCCGUCUCUGUGGACAAGAUGACACAGGCGCAGCUGCGAGCGUUCAUCCCAGAGAUGCUGAAGUAUUCGACGGGCAGGGGCAAGCCUGGCUGGGGCAAGGAGAGCUGCAAGCCCAUCUGGUGGCCAGAGGACAUCCCCUGGGCCAACGUGCGCAGCGACGUGCGCACUGAGGAACAGAAACAGAGGGUGUCGUGGACGCAGGCGCUGCGGACCAUCGUGAAGAACUGCUACAAGCAGCAUGGGCGCGAGGACCUGCUGUACGCCUUUGAGGACCAGGUGCCACAGCACACGGCCAUGACCACAGCCACCCACAGCAUCACCCACCUGGUGCCCUCACAGACCGUGGUGCAGACCAUCAGCAACCCCGACGGCACCGUCUCCCUCAUACAGGUGGGCACAGGGCAGACGGUGGCCACUCUGGCCGAUGCUUCGGAGCUGCCAGGCACAGUGACCGUAGCCCAGGUCAACUACACUGUGAACGACGGAGAGUUGAUGUGUGGUGAGCUUUCUGGCGCAAAGGGGCAGUCCAGACCACACCCAGGUGGGUUCUACACAUUGGUCAUGGAUGAGAAUAUGUCGGUGUGUCGCACGUUACCGAUGGAGGUGUCGCCACAGUUUAUUGUUGAGCAGAACUGGGCGACUCUGCAGGGUGGGGAGAUGACCAUACAGACCACACAGGCGUCCGAGGCCAAUCAGGCGGUCGCGUCCCUCGCCGAGGCCGCUGUCGCCGCCUCCCAGGAGAUGCAGCAGGGAGCCACCGUCACCAUGGCACUUAACGGUGAGGCUGCGGCCCAUGCAGUGGCGACGCUGGCUGAGGCCACCCUACAGGGAGGAGGUCAAAUCGUUCUGGCCGGGGAAACGGCGGCUGCUGUAGGAGCACUGACUGGAGUGCAAGAUGGCAGCGGUACGUACCACACAACCCCUCAACAACUAUUGUCAGGCCUGGUGCAGAUCCCAGUCAGCAUGUACCAGACGGUGGUUACCAGCCUAGCCCAGGGGAACCGGCCCGUACAAGUGGCCAUGGCGCCCGUGGCCACACGCAUCGACAACACGGUCACACUGGACGGCCAGGCAGUAGAGGUAGUGACUCUGGAGCAGUGACACUGAAUCCUCCCUUGGCAGGUGUGUUCCACUGGAACAAAGUCCCAAAAUGGCCGCCGCCGGGAGCUGAGGGAGGGAUAGUCCGUUUUCACCAUAGAGAUAGAUAGAGGGCUCAUCUUUGUAUCUGUGCCAUUAUAGCGUCUGUGACAGCAUGGGCAGUGCCAUUGAGGCCAUCUCCAUUUUGAAUUAGUCCAUUUUCCUCUUCACGAUUGACUGAUCCCUCCUGAUAACCCGGUUUGACAUUACUCCGUCAGUGGAGGAUCAGCCAAUGAAGUUGGAAGUCCCCCACCAGUUGACUACAUUAAAAUGGUGGAAACCCUAAAUGGCGCUGCCCAUGCUAAUACAGCCUUUUGGCCAGUAGAGGCCUCUAUCAUUCUCUAUGGUUUCCACAUGCUGCGCUCUGUACAAUGUAAAAAAAUAUAUUUUUUAUGUACAUCUGCAGGGGAAUAAAAAGUGACGGAUUUAUCAAUGCAUUGUUUACUAUGUGUGUGUAUAUAGUAGGAGAUGUUUUUUGUUUGAAUGUCCAUUUUUAGCUUUGAUGUUGAGCAUUGUGUGACAUGGGUUAGAGAGUAUUUAGUAUUUAUUUCUGCACACCUUAACAUUUACUUAAAGAAUAACCAAAAAGCCAAGGAGGACGCCACCACCACCAAUUCACCUUUCAUUCUGAACCUAUAUCACAGUCCCAUUAAUGAUGUUUUGGUACGAUGUGUGUGAGUGUUAUUCCAUGUUUGUUAUAGAAUGCGGUUACCAAAUCACAAUCACUCUCUGCUCUGUUGUCAUGGACUUCAUAUGCAAUCAGGUUGUGCCGAAACCCUGGAACCUUUCCACUAAUUCCACCCCCUGCUAUAUUAGUCAAUGUUCCUCUUGUACCCUGGAUGUCUACGAAGCAUCCCAAUUAUCAACUGUCCACUGUAAGACACUUCACUGCCUAGAAUGAUUCCAAUGAAACAUUACUUCUGAAAUAUGUUACCUGUUGUUGUGUGGUUUAUUGUACUGUAGUCCACUCCACACACAUACUGGGAUUUGUGAAGACUCAGGAUUUAUUAGUAAGGUAUUUUUUUGUGCUGGAUAUUUGACGACCUGGCUAGGCAGCCAUUUUGACUCCAGAGAAUAUCACAAUUGGUGUCUCUAAUGCAUGAGUAGCUGUCCCUUUUUUGAGUGUUUUUUAUUUUAAACAAAGACGCUCCUUUUGAUGUCAGUGGUAGGAACGUAUUCUAAAUAAUUUUAUAAAUUGAGGGGGACUGUACUGUAUACUACAGAGCAUUCAAUGACUUUUGUAUUUGUACAGAAUACGUGUGCAUUUGUCUGGUUUGAUAUGACGGUAUGAAUAAAUUCAGCUCAUUACAGAGAAUCCUCUCCGUAGAAUUAAUGAUUUAGGAAAUACAUGAGGUGACUGAAUUACACCAAGCAUGCAGUCCAUGUGAUCGCCCAAUAAAGUGACUACUGUUCACCGGU